UCUCUCCCCCUCCCACCGUCGCUCACUCCCUUCCUCCCUCACUUUGCACCGCUCUCUCGCUCAGUCUCAGGACUCACGGCGGUAAAUCUGGAAGCGAAGAUGAGGGCGGUCGUGUCCGUGGGAGUCGGUGUGCUGUGGGCGCUGCUGGUCGCUCUGGUGCCCGGCGGUGUGUCGGAGCUGGUGACGCUGGUGCAAGAACGGGUGAAGGCCGAGUCUACCCUGCUGAAGCCAAAGGUUAUGAUUGCCAUCGUGGCUCGUAACGCGGCACACAGCUUGCCACAUUACCUGGGCUGCAUCGAGAGGCUGGAGUACCCGAAGGAGCGCAUAGCGAUCUGGGCAGCAACAGACCACAAUAUGGACAACACUACUGCCAUGUUGAGAGAAUGGCUGAAGAGUGCCCAGCAUGUCUACCACUAUGUAGAGUGGAGACCCAUGGAGGAGCCAAGGUCCUACACAGAUGAGUGGGGUCCAAAGCACUGGCCUCCUUCGAGGUUCAACCAUGUGAUGAAGCUGAGGCAGGCGGCACUGAAAGCUGCCAGAGAACGAUGGGCUGACUACAUACUAUUUGUAGACAGCGACAACCUGUUGACCAACCCCCGUGUGCUGAGCCUGAUGAUGGCUGAAAACUUAACCCUGGUGGCUCCCAUGUUAGAGUCUCGCUCACUCUACUCCAACUUCUGGUGUGGCAUCACCCCACAGGGUUACUAUAAGCGAACACCAGACUACCAGCCGAUUAGGGAAUGGAAGCGGCUCGGUUGUUUCCCCGUUCCCAUGGUGCACAGCACCUUCCUAUUAGACCUGCGUCGUGAAUCUAGCAGGGACCUGACUUUCUACCCUCCUCACCCAGACUACAGCUGGGCGUUUGAUGACAUCAUGGUGUUUGCUUUCUCGGCACGUCAAGCAGGUGUGCAGAUGUAUGUGUGUAAUAGAGAGCACUAUGGUUUCCUGCCCGUCCCUCUCAAAGCUCAGCAGAACGUGGAAGAUGAAAGCGAGAGUUUCAUACACACCAUCACGGAGGCUUUGAUUGACCACGACAUUGAGCCCACUGACCACCUGUACUACCCACCAUCACCGCAGGACACGAUAGGCUUUGAUAAAAUUUUCCUGAUCAACCUCAAACGUCGGCUGGACAGAAGAACCAGGAUGUUGAAAACAAUGACUUCGCUGGGUCUAUAUGCCACGCUGACAGACGCGGUGGACGGCAAGGCUCUCAAUACGUCCCAGCUGCAGGCGUUGGGAAUAGAGAUGAUGCCGCGCUACAAAGACCCAUACUCUGGUCGCGUCCUGACCAGAGGGGAGAUUGGUUGCUUUCUUAGUCAUCACUCUAUAUGGAAACAGGUGUUGGAGCGUGGCCUCAAGAGUGUUCUUGUUUUAGAGGACGACGUGAGGUUUGAGCCCAGGUUUAAACGACGGAUGCAGGCCAUAAUGGAUGACAUAAACAAAGCCCAGCUGGACUGGGACCUCAUUUAUGUGGGACGCAAGCGCAUGCAGGUGCAGCAGCCGGAGCAGUCCGUGGACGGUGUAAACAACCUGGUCAAGGCCGACUACUCCUAUUGGACACUUGGAUAUGCGCUGUCGCAGCAAGGAGCCAGGAAGUUACUGGCUGCUGAUCCCUUAAAAAGGAUGCUGCCUGUCGACGAGUUCCUGCCCGUCAUGUUCAACAAGCAUCCAAACACUGAGUACAUGUCUCACUUUGAGCCGCGGGACCUGAAGGCCUUCUCCGUGGAGCCGCUGCUCAUCUACCCCACCCACUACACCGGAGAGCCAGGCUACAUCAGCGACACGGAGACCUCCACAAUCUGGGACGACGAAGCCGUGGCCACAGACUGGGACCGGCAGCAUGCCCGCAAGACGGCCCAGCAGGGUAGCAUCCGCCCUGUGGCACAGAACAGCGUCACCGGAGACUCGCCGCCUCCUGCAGCUCGAGCUUCGCGGGAUGAACUCUGAUACAGAGACCAGAGACUCGGAGAGAGAGAGAGAGAGAGAGAGAGAGAGGGACUCGUGUUUACGAUGCAGUGUACACACAGUGAACGUCACGUGUACACACACUUGGAGAGACACUUGAACUACAAGCUGACAUGAUGUACAUUCAUUCACACACAUUAUAUAUAUAAACACACACUGGUGUCCAAAUGGAUAAAAAACAAAAUUAAGAUGUCGAUCUACUCUGCUGCCUGAUGAAGGGACACUGAGGAGAGGAAGAAGAGGAAGAAGAAGAGCUGAAUCUGGGACGAGGGCUGUUAGGCCUUUGAAAAUGGCUUUAUUUAUUCCUCUUGUGCGUCCUCUGGGCAUGUGGAGACAGUUACAGCCUGAGAAAACUUAAGCAGCACAUGGAAGACAGCUAACAAUAUUUGCAGGAUGUGAAAGAAAAAAAACAAACAUUCUCACAAAUCAAUUUUUAUAUUGUUUAAGAAGAUUAUUGUUAUUUAAAACGAACAGAUGUAUUGUUUUUAAUGGACAGCUAAAGAAUAAAGUAAAUCUAAAAGCUGUCUGAAAACAAGUGUGCGUGUGUGCCCUGUGUGUGUGUGUGUGUACAUAGACAUAUGGCGUGUUGUGUUUACAGAACUGAACAUGUGUGGGAGGAGGAGGGAGGCUGACAUACUAUACUCAGGAGUGUCAUUGCUUCAGAUGA